CCAUUAUCAGAUCGAACCAUCUCCAUUUCCAUUUCCCCAUUUUUUCUUCUUCCUUCUCUCAUAUCCUACGUAUCUUCAAAAACAAUCUGCAAAAUAAAAUAAAAUUACACAAACUUGUAAAUACAGAUUUGUAUAGAAUAUCUCUCUCUUUAAACUCAUUUCCAUCUGUAUUUUGCAAUUUGCAAGUAAAAGAAUUUGAAAGAACGAAGAGGGGAGAGAGAGAGAAAGAGAGAUAGAGAAAAAGAAAAGGGGGGGCUCAGUUCUUACUGUGCCUCCUCUUAGAUCUAACUUCUAUUGACUAUAUAUCAUCUGGGUUUCCAUUAAUCAGGUGGGGUUUUGUCAAAUCUUGAUUUGGGAUUGCUGAAUUCUUUAUGGAUUGAUCGUUUGAGGAUCCGAUGUAUUUUGAUUGAAUCGGAGGAUAUACAAGUGGGUUUUAUAGUUGCGUGGAUUUCCUGCAAUUUAGUUCAAAGUAAGGGAAAAUGCAAUCGGAUCUUGGAAAAUUAUUCAUUGGUGGAAUUUCGUGGGACACAAAUGAAGAACGUCUGAAGGAGUAUUUUAGCGAUUUCGGGGAAGUUUUGGAAUCAGUAAUUAUGAAGGAUCGGAGCACAGGGCGCGCCCGUGGCUUUGGUUUUAUUGUUUUUGCUGACCCUUUAGUGGCAGAGAGAGUGACUAGGGAGAAACACAACAUCGAUGGAAGAAUGGUUGAGGCAAAAAAGGCAGUUCCAAGGGAUGAUGAGAACACAAUGAGUAGAAGCAGUAGUAGCAUUCAGGGAUCUCCCGGCCCAAUACGCACGAGGAAGAUAUUUGUUGGAGGAUUAGCUUCCACAGUAACAGAGAGCGACUUCAAAAUGUAUUUUGAGCAGUUUGGGACCAUCACUGAUGUCGUUGUCAUGUAUGAUCACAACACUCAGAGACCAAGAGGGUUUGGGUUCAUUACAUAUGACUCAGAGGAUGCUGUGGACAAAGUGUUGCUCAAAACUUUCCACGAGCUCAAUGGCAAAAUGGUUGAGGUCAAGCGUGCAGUCCCCAAAGAGUUGUCACCUGGUCCCAGCAGAAGCCCACUGAGUGGAUAUAACUAUGGUGUGAGCAGAAUCAAUAGCAUCCUCAGUGGAUACACUCAAGGGUAUUCUCCCACUACAGGAGGCUAUGGUCUUAGAAUGGAUGGAAGAUUCAGUCCAAUCGCUGGAGGUCGAAGUGGGUAUGCUCCAUUUGGAGUGGGUUUGAACUUUGAACCAGGGUUGACCCCUAAUCUUGCAGCAAGCACAAACUUCAACAAUAGUCUCAGCUAUGGGCGGGGAUUGAACCCUUAUUAUACGGGCAAUUCAAAUAGGUUUGUUAAUCCGAUUGGAUAUAAUGAGGGUAAUGGAGGAAACAAUUCCUUAUUUAGCUCUGGAAAUCAAAAUUUGUGGGGGAAUGGAGGGCUAAAUGAGGGAACUAACUCAACAAAUUCGAAUGCCUUUGGGGGGUCUGGAGGUGCAACCAUUGGAAGCACUUUUGCCAACAAUGGAGUUAAUUGGGGUCCUUCGCUAAUCUCGGGCCAAGGUGGAGGUAAUAUUUCAGGCCGUGGUGGGAAUCUUGGUUUUGGAGGUGGUGAUAACAGCUAUGGUUUGGGAGGAGGCAGCUAUGCAAGCAAUAAUGCACCUGGUAGGCCUGCCUCGUCAUCUUUUGCUUUGUCAAAUGGCGGUUACGAUGGGGCUUUUUCAGAUUUUUAUAGUGGCAGUUCAGUUUAUGGGGACCCUACCUGGCGUUCGACAAACUCUGAGAGAGAGGGAUCUGGUUCAUUUGGUUAUGGGCUUCACAAUGGAGCAUCCGAUGUUCUUGCUAGAAGUUCUCCUGGUUAUGUUGGUGGUUACAGUGUUACUGAGAGACAAACAAAUGGCGGAAUUGCCGGUUAGGAGGAUACCAUAUAUCAGUAGUAGGCAGAGAAAUUUGGUGUAGCUUGGUCAACUGUGAAUUUUGCACCCUCCCUCGCAAAUAUAUAUGUCAGUCAAAAAAAGUUGAAAAAAGAAAUUCGUUACUUCCUCUCUAGCUAACUUGAGUGCCUGUUUUGAAGAAUUACGCUCAGAGAUAGAAAUCACAAGAGAUUUUGUGUUAGAUUUUGAAUUUAACCAUUUUGAGGUUUCGCGAGUUGUAAAAUCAGAUUGCGGAAUAUAGUCGGAAAUGUAUCAUGCAAGAAGGGGGCGAUACGUUUCUUUGACAACAAACAGAAAAAAAGUUAGACUUCGAUUUUUGGGUUCAGUUUUCUGGACUUGUAUUUCCUGCUGUAUUUUUUGUUCUCUGCAGAGGUGAGGGUCCUUGUUUUUUCAUUUUCUCGUCAUUGGUUUUUGCUCAAAUUGUACCCGAUAUUAUGAACUCUCAGUUUAGUAUUGUUAAACUUACAAACAUUUGAGGGAAUCUAAGGUCCCUGGCAAUGAGUUGCCAUAUUCUGAUA